GCGUAUAAUGCUGAGGUUUGAUUUUUAACGCUGAAAUGGUGAGAUCUGAUUUAUAACAAAUUGAUUCUGACGUUGAAAUGUGCUUGCAUUCAGCAUGUCGAAUUGAAACGUGUACGUAAUAAUGGAAUCUGAUGCUCAAUAAUCAGAUUUACAGUUUGAAGAGAUUACAUGUGUAAAUUUGUAUAAAACGUUACUGAAUUAUGGGUAAUUUAUUCGGUAAACGACUGCCAGCUCUACCGCCGGUAUCACAACAGGAUCAAGCCAUUUUGCAAUUGAAAAGUCAAAGGGACAAAAUGAAACAAUAUAUAAGAAGGAAUGAGAAACAAAUGGAACGUGAGAAGGAACUGGCGAAACAACUAAUAAAAGCCAACAAAAAAGAUCGUGCCUUGUUAAUUUUAAAGAGGAAAAGAUAUCAAGAAUCAGUGACGGAAAAACUGUUGCAGCAGUUGGAUCAGAUUGAAAGAAUGGUAAGUGAUUUGGAAUUCACUGUCAUUGAGCAGAAGGUGGUGGAACAAUUGAGACAUGGUAAUGAAGUCUUGAAGAGGAUGAAUCAGAUGAUUUCAGUUGACGAUAUCGAACGAAUCAUGGAUGAGACAAAGGAGGCAGCCGAAUUUCAGGAAGAGAUAUCGAACAUGCUCAGUGGUAAGCUCGGUGAAGAUGAAUUGGAAGAAGUCGAAAAGGAAUUUGCGGAAUUAAUAGAAAAAGAAGGCGAGCUUGAUUUGCCGGAAGUUUCAUCGGAGCCACUGCCGGCGAAGGCACCCAAGGAAAUAAACGAGAGGCGUGAAAGAGUAGCAUUGGAAGCAUCAUAAGUUGGCAAUUCCUGAAAUUGAAGUAUUCGUUAUAUGUACUGUCCCUGGCCAGGAAAUGGUGAUAAGUUUUACCUACUUACAUAAAUGGCUUGAGGAUUUUCUCUCCAUAUCUGAAUGGUUCAUUUUUUAUCACGCUUUAAUGCUACUGUUUAGGUGAUUAAAUAUCACAAAGAACAACUAUGAUUACUUUCAUAAAACAUUAUAAUAAUUCCGACGUUUUGCAAAAAUCUAGAUGGAAUAUAAGGUUUUCAUCUAGUUAGGAAACCAAUAUUCUCGCAGUAGUCUUCCGG